AUGGCUGCCGCCUUGGUGCAGCUGAAAAAUGCACCGGAAGUGUCGAGUCAUUACGUCAUUUACAGGAAACAUUUGAACGUAGAUCAAAGGAGACAUUGCCAAAGGACUUUUGUGCUUUUAUUUAUACAAAUUUUGCUAACCGUCUUCCUUCCCACUUUCCGCCAUUUCAUAUUUUUAUCUACUAAUCUCUCCCUCGAAAAGAUCUUAUUCUCUGUUUAUUUGUUUUUCGUAAUUCUUUUCAAGUUUUUUUCCCCCUAUUCCUUGUGUUUUUUUCAUAGAUGUCGUCUUUGUUGCUUUUUUUGCAACCUCUCCGAUUUCUUAAAAGACCUUCCGAAGCCGUUUUUCCAAAGAUAUCAUUUUAUUUCCAUUAUUCUAUUUCCUCCUUUCUUCUUCUUCUUCUUCUUCUUCUUCUUCUUCUUCUUCUUCUUCUACUUCUUCUUCUUCUUUCGUUCCUUUUCUUCCAUUUCACUAUUUACAUCACUAGAUUCUUUUUCUUUUUCUUUGCCUCUCUUUCUCGUGGUUCCCUGUUUCUCUUUUUCUUUCAUUUCUUUUUUCUUAUCUUCACAUUUCUUUCUUUUACUGUACUACAUUAUCUCUCAACUUCGUCUUUAUUCCUCUUUUUCAUUCAUUUCUUUAUUCUUCUUAUCUUCAUUGCUUUCAACUUAUUCGAUUACUUUUCUUCUUUUCUUUUUACAUUUCUUUAUUUGUACUUGUUUUCUUCCCCCUCCUCUCCUUUUCUUCCUCCUCUUCUUUUUCUUUUUCUUCCUCUUUUUCUUCUUCUUACUCUUCUUCUUCUUCCUCCCCCUCAUCUUCUUCUUUUACUGUUUCUUCUUCUUUUUCUUCUUUUUUCUUUUUCUUAUCCUUCUCUUCUUUCUCUUCUUCCUCCUCUUCUUUUUCUUUUUCUUGUUUUUCUUCUUCAUUGUGAGAUUUCAUAUUAUUUCUUUUCACUGCGUUUUUAUUUUACUUUCUUUCACAUAUCAUCUUUCUCUCUAUUCAUUUCCUUCCUUCCUUCCUUCCUUCCUUCCUUCCUUCCUUCCUUCGUCCAUAUUCCAGUUAAUCGGCUUUUUUUCUCUCUUUUCUUUCCCAUUUGCCCAAAUGACGUCGCCAUUUCUUUUUUUAUUAUUAUUAUUAUUCCUUCUUUCGUUUCUUUUUAUUUUUCUUCAUCUAAUUGUUUCUUUCUUCCUAUUGGCUCGAACAAAAAGUCCCAGCAUGCUUAACGGAAUCGAACUCUCAAAGAAAAGCCUGCUCGACCAAUUUGCUCCUGGUGCUCAUAUACACAAGAAGAUAUUUGCACGUGUGUCGCUACCGCCCAUCUUUCACGGUUUUUUUUUUUCCUUACGUGUCUGUCCGACGAAGCAAGAAUGUGUUUUGUUAAUGUCUGGGCCGGUCCGCGUCUCUCUGACCGCGAACUUAAAUCGUACCCAAUCGCUGGGGUCAAGCGUCGACAGUGAACCUAACGACUCUCUUUCUUCCUUCUUUUGUGUUUAUAAUUUUUUUAUCAAUUUCAUUUUCAUUUAUUCAUUCAUUUUUCUGUCUUUCUUUCACUUACUCAUUUUAAUAAUUAUUCUAUUAUUAAUUUUCCACAAUCUUUCUUUCUUUCUUUUUUCUUUCUUAUUUCUUUCUUAUUUCUUUCUUUCUUUCUUUCUUUCUUUCUUCUUUCUUUCUUUCUUAUUUCUUUCUUUCUUUCUUUCUUUCUUUCUUAUUUCUUUCUUAUUUCUUUCUUUCUUCUUUCUUUCUUUCUUUCUUUUUUAUUUCUUCUUUCUUUCUUUCUUAUUUCUUUCUUAUUUCUUUCUUUCUUCUUUCUUUCUUCUUUCUUUCUUAUUUCUUUCUUUCUUCUUUCUUUCUUCUUUCUUUCUUUCUUUCUUUCUUAUUUCUUUCUUUCUUUCUUUCUUUCUUAUUUCUUUCUUAUUUCUUUCUUUCUUCUUUCUUUCUUUCUUUCUUUCUUUCUUAUUUCUUUCUUCUUUCUUUCUUUCUUUCUUUCUUAUUUCUUUCUUUCAAAACAUCUCUCAUUUCAGUUUCUUUCUUCUUUCUCAAAAUAUUUUCUUUCUUUUGAUCUUUCUUUCAAAAUAUUUUUCAUUUUCAUUUUCUUUUUCUUACUCACAUAUUUUCUUUUUCUUUCUUUCUUUCUUUCUUUCUUUCUUUCUUUCUUUCUUUCUUUCUUUCUUACAAAUCAUGUCUCUUUUCCACUUUCUUUUUUCCUUCUCCCCACAUCUUAUACCUUUCUUCCGUCCUUUCUCUGUCUUCCUUUAG